AGUCAUGGACGCGGAAGUGCUACAGCAUGUUGAAUUCUUGAGAAAUAACGUGUCAGCUUUACGUAGUUUAGGAAAGGAAUGGGGUAUGAAAGAAGAGGAGAUCAAUUCAUGUAUCGAUGAAGUAAUUGCGAACAGCACUGACAAGGAAAAACUAGAGCCAACCCUAACGUCAACGGGGAGACAAAUAUGGUCACUGAUUCGAUUCAGUUUCAAGUUUUGGUUGGUGAUUUUGUUUCUUAUAUCUAUUACCUGUACAUCCUUGUAUUUUGUCACCAGCUACAACAGUGAUGUGGAGAGUUUCAUUUCCAGAACUCUCCAGCCUUUUGGAUAUGACAUAUUUCGAUACGUCAGACUGAUAACCCUGCCUUUACACGACAUGUUCAACAUAACUGAGUUUUAUGAUGCUGAGUGCAUAGUUGAAAACCCUUACUUUACGGAGCCGGAGAUAUCCUGUGUGUACUGUGAGGGUACCACAUCCCUGAUAACCUUCCAGACCAUCAAUGCUAGCCUUGUGACCUUGCUCCUGGAAGUCAGACAACCGCUUUUGCAUCAGGGUGGAUCUUCUUUUAAGGUUACUUACAGUGAUCUACGUGAUACUUACCUGCACAACAAAAAUGUGUUUGAUGGAGAGCCUCAUCACGUGGAAUCAACCCAGGACAGCGUUCAAUCUCUCCAUGAUCUCUUUGAUAGUAACACAGAGAACAUAAUCAACACAGAAUCUUUUGUGGUGAAAUGGUAUUCAAAGGGAGUUCAAAGCAGCAACCUUCUUAGAAAGUUGUUCCCUCGUCCAGCUAUAAUACCAGUGAAUACAGAAAUCGCUGUAGAAAAAGUACUGUAUCUUGAUGGUCCAUCAUCACAUCACUACCAGUUGCCACGAGGGAAAUUUCCUCUGGCUCUGUAUAUCCAGGCAAGUGGGAAAAGGAAGGCUGUACUGCAACCUCGAGACAACUGCCAGACUUUCUGUCAGAUCUUUAACCUCAACCUGAAUGAGAGGGACAUACUGUUGUUUGACCAAGCUCUAUGGCAUCUGAUCCUGUUACCUGCCAUUGAUGGAACAGCAGUGGGCUUCUCAAGUACUUUCACGGAGUGACGGCAGUAGGAAGGAAAUAAUUCAAAUCAAAAUAAAAUUUAAAUGAUUC